AUGUGAGUAUACUUUAGGAAUUUCUCACACUCGGGUUGAGUAGCGAACAGACUGCUCACGUGACCAUGAAAGCUGUACUCAUCAUCUGCAUCGUAUUGAUGUGUACCUCCACCCUGAGGACCCAAGAAGUAGAAGAGAACUCGGCCCCUUGUGUCAUUGACGGUGUGAACUAUGCUAGUGGAGAUCUCACUCCAGACCCAUGCAACCGCUGCAAAUGUGACAAUGGUCUAGAAGUCUGCAGCUUAGUGGAAUGUCGUCAAGAGGACUUGAACUCUUGCGUCAUUGACGGAGUGACCUAUGCUAAUGGAGCUCUCACUCCAGACCCAUGCAACCGCUGCACAUGUUACAAUGGUCUAGAAGCCUGCAACUUAAUGGAAUGUCCUCAAGAGAACUCGGCCCCUUGUGUCAUUGACGGAGUGACCUAUGCUAGUGGAGAUCUCACUCCAGACCCAUGCAACCGCUGCAAAUGUGACAAUGGUCUAGAAGUCUGCAGAUUAGUGCAAUGUCGUCAAGGGUUGACCCACGAUAUCAGACGUUUGAAUUCAUCUUUCCUGUUAGGUGGGUGACCAGCCAAGGCUAACGAGUCCCUCCUGCCUGCACCCUACCGGGGUAAGCGCCAGUUACUCAACUUCGUCUCCUCUGAUAAUGAAAACAGUUCCGCGGACCUGAUACUUAAGCCACAAGUGAAAGAUCAAGAAAUACACGAGAAACCCAUAUGCUAUGACAAAUUUGUACAAAUGCUCCUUCUUCCCUAGUGCUAUUAGAGCAUGGAAUGGGUUGCCUGAGCUAGCCAGGAAAACCAGUGACUUGGCAGAAUUUAAGUCAUUGGUUAAUAUGCAUG